UUUUAUUUGAAUUUUCAUAUUUCAAUUUUAUCCUCUUGAUUAUUUAUUUCUCAUGGUGUAUCUUCUAAUUACAAUUUAUAUUAUCAUCUCCUGUAAAUUUUUAAUUGGUAUUUCUCGUACAAAUUGAGUAAUUUCUCAUCAUUUCUCCUCUAAAUACACUUGAUAAAUUAUUAAUUAGGAUUCUAAUACUAUAAUUUAUACCCUGUAUUAUAGUAUACAUUUGGUACUGAAUCAAGGGGAAAUUAACUUUUUUGGAUCUAAAAGUUUCUCUUGAAAAGUUUAGAAAAACUAAUCAACGGUUUAAAAUGAUUAGAAUAUGAUUUAAAUAAUAUAAUUAAGGGGUACAAUAAUAAUCUUCCUUAACUAAUUUUAAUUAAGGAGUUAAUAGCCUUUCAAGGGCCUAAUUAACCCCUAAUUAAAGGGAAUUAUCCUCCAACAAAAGUAAUCUAAGGGUUCCUUGGUGACAAGAUGUUGAAGUGUGAGUAUUGUUUUGAGGGUUCUGCAGUUUUACGGAGAUCCUUUUCAGGUCUUCCAUCGUGUAAAAACUGCUUUAUAGAAUCCUUUGAAAAUGAUAUUUACGAGUAUAUUAUGAGAGAUAAACUCAUAUCUUCCGGCGACAGAGUGUGUGUUGGUGUUUCUGGAGGUAAGGAUUCCUCGGUUUUAGCUCACGUAUUAAGUAAAAUUAAGGAAACAUAUGGACUGGAUUGGAAUUUAUACCUUUUAGGAGUAGACGAGGGUAUCAAAGGGUACAGAGAUGACUCUUUAAAAGUAGUCAAGUCGAUGCAUGACAAGUAUAAAAUCGAGUUAAAAAUCUUAAGUUUUAAGGAAAGGUUUGGGUUUAGCAUGGACCAAGUGGUGAAAUUAAUUGGUAAAAAAGGAAAUUGUACUGUUUGCGGCUCUUUUAGGCGUCAAAUGCUUGAAAUUGGCGCUAGAAUUUUUGAAGCUAAUGUUUUAUGUACUGGUCAUAACGCUGAUGAUAUGGCGGAAACUGUACUACUCAACCUCUUCAGAGGUGAUCUACUCAAACUCACAUCCAACUCCAAUAGUCCCUCUGACACUACUGUUGACAAUACAUCCGAGAGUGUUAAUAAAGUUAGAAUAAGAAGAGUGAAGCCUUUGAAAUAUUCAUUUGAGAAGGAGAUAGUUUUAUAUGCUCGUUACUUGUCAUUGGAUUACUUUUCUACAGAGUGUAUUUACUCUCCAGAGGCUUACAGAGGACAUAUGCGCUCAUUUAUUAAGAAUCUUGAACUCAUAAACCCUCAGAUUAUACUUAACAUAAUCCGGUCAGGUGAUAAUUUUAAGUCGGAUCACAGGGGAAUUGGCGAAGUUACAGGGAGAAAUUACUGUCAAAUCUGUGGAAUUGACAGUGUUAACAACAUUUGUAAACCCUGCAAAAUCGUACAGCAAUUACAUACACUCAACGGAUUGAAUGGUAUAAAUGAUAAGAGUGGUAAGGAUGAGUUUGAUGAUUCUGGUACAUCUGUGAAUGAGGGAGUAGUUGAUUUGGAAUCUGGGAUAGAAAUGGGUAAAAAAGCUGGGAAAACAAAUUAUAUCACCAAAGGCAUGAGAAGGAGAGUGAAACUACGAUAUGACGGCUAAAGAUUCAAUGGAAGUUAGUGAUAAAUCUAUCCGAAUGCACCUCUAACAGUGGGGAUACCCUUGAU